UCUUGCACAGAAAAUGAGAGGAAAUCAGUAUUGAGUUAUUUGAAAGAGAUGAGAUUCUAAAAAGUUGUUAGGAAUAUGCUGGCAUCAUGAAAUUAUUGUGAUGAACAGACUUUAUUAAUACUUGAAUUGGGCUAAUGAGGAACACCGAUGUGAACAUUAUAAAGAAGGAAGACGGAGAGGUGAUGGAGGAGCCGCCACGAUAUUAACAAAUGAACAUUAGGAUUUUAUAUGAGGGGAACAAGAACGUGGUUUAAUUUUUUAUGGAAUCUAAAUAACUUUCCACCAUGCAUAAAAGAUGGAUACGUCGGAGUUUGCCUGUAUUGGUUUUUACCUUCAUCAUCGUCCUCUACCUGGAUUUUCAAUUUCGCAGCCUUCCCAAACACAAUGUGGUUCGCGAUCCAUCACCCGACGCGUUUCCGAUAUGCAGGCUGACUGCCAUGGACGCACAGAACCCGGCUUGCAACAGCAGCAGGAACAGAGGACACCCGGCCUCUGUAGAUGGACAUGUCACCCAGACCAAGCUGAAGUUGGAGGACAUCUUCGUUGCUGUGAAGACCACCGGGAGGUUCCACAAGACGCGCCUUGCGCUCCUUUUGGAGACGUGGAUCUCCAGAACCAAGGCGCACACAUUCAUUUUCACCGACACGGAGGAUGAGGAUUUACGUUCAGAUGGUCACAACAUAGUGGUAACAGGCUGCCAGUCUGAUCACAGCCAGCAGGCUCUGUCCUGCAAGAUGUCUGCCGAGUAUGAUGGCUUCAUGGCCUCAGACAAGAGGUGGUUUUGUCAUGUGGACGAUGAUAACUAUGUGAACCCAGAGGCCCUCCUCGCCCUGCUCUCGGCCUUCCCCCAGGACAGUGACAUAUACGUGGGCAAACCGAGCCUGGACCGGCCCAUCACUGCUCAUGAACUGCUGGAGGGCAAUGCAACGAGGGAAGUGCGGUUCUGGUUUGCUACAGGAGGAGCAGGAUUCUGUCUAAGUCGGCGGCUGGCGGAGAAGAUGGCUCCGUGGGCCAGCGGCCUUCGGUUUGAGGAGACGUCGGCAACCAUCCGUCUCCCUGACGACUGCACGGUGGGCUUCAUCGUGGAGAAAAGGCUGGGCAUCUCCAUGGUCCACUGUCCUUUAUUCCACUCCCACCUGGAAAACCUGCUGCUCAUCAGCCACAGAAGCAUACCACACCAGGUGACUCUGAGCUAUGGGAUGUUUGAGAACAAGAUGAACAGCAUCGAGGUGAAAGGACGCUUCUCUAAGGAGGAAGACCCCUCCAGGUUUAAGACUGUCCACUGCAUGCUGUAUCCUUUCACCAGCUGGUGUCCUUGAACUCAUCAUAGAAGACUACAACUUCCAAACACACGUGGUACAAGAAUGGUAUUCCUGCUGGAUGAAGUCCCUUGCCAGGACAUUGUCUGCAUGCAAAUAAAACUGAUGCAUUUAAUGUGACGGAACAACAACAACCCGAGGUGGAGAAUCAGAAAGCAGAAGUGUAGCCUUGGACAACAGACUCAACUGCUGUACCACAACCGCUCACUCUUAGUUUGCCUGAACCUGCCUAAAACAGUGAUCAGAUGAACGCUUUCAGAAUCAGAACAUAGGAUAUUAACAGGACUGACUAUGAACUGAGAAAGAUUUUCUGUUCUUCAGCUCUGUGUUACAGACAGACUGUUACAUGAAAUGAUUUCUUGCGUCUUUACUACUGAAUGUUUUUCUUUGUUUUGAUGAUUUUAUCUGUGGGAGUGAAGCACUUAAGACAAGCAGCACUUUUGCUUUUCACUAAAACUUAAAGGUAAACAUUACAUUGUACAUCUUCUUAAAAUGUACACACAUUUUGAUAUAUUUGAUCAUUAUCAAAAGAUUCAAAAUCUUAAAGUUGAUGAUGAUUUAAAAUGGACAGAGUCUGCACCAACAGGGCCUGAAUUACCUUCAGGGUGUGCGUAGGUUACAGUUGCCAAAUUUAUUUUAGUUUUUAUUGAUUUAAUGUGUGUGGCCUUUUGUGUGUGUGUGUGUGUGUGUGUUGUUAUGAAGGGGACUGUGUCCUUGUGUCUAUGAAGUCUCACACAAUGAACCUUUCUGACCCAUAUCUCCCUCCUUAUCCAAACCUCCUGUCCUCCCUCCCUCCUUUUUCUCACUUGCUCCCUUCUUUCCUCCACCCCUCCAUCUGUCUCUCUGUUUACUCAGUCUUGUCCACAAUUGCUGUGAUGGCUACUCAAAGGCCAUGGCUGAAAGUAAAAUGAACUGCCACUUUCAUCCUGUUUGCCUCAGUUGUAUUUAUUUAGUUAUUUUUUAAAUUAAAAAAGCAACAACAAAUCACUGAAAGCAGGGAGAAAAUCACAACUGACACACCUGAAACCUGCAUGCUGCCUAACCUGCAUGGCCUGAAAAACUAGAUCACAUUUGCAGACAAUCUUAUCGAGCUGGACAAAACAGGUUCAGAACGAGAAUAUGAAUCUCAUAAUGACAUGCACACAAUCAAAUGUUAGUAGGAGAUAGAGACCAUGUGCAAAGAGGUGACACUGCUGCCGGCGGCUCGCAGGUUGCUUGUUUGCUGGGAAUGGAGAUGUGAUGAAUACAGAUUCGCUGCUAAAUGCUUCUGGGGCUGACCUUGUGUGAAGUGGAUGGAAAGUGGUUGAGAAUGUGCAGGAAUGACUGUGUGGCUCUGACACAUCUCCACGAGAAUAUUGAAACCCAUCAUGUGAAGCAAAUACCACGUGUGUUUGAAUGUGAGCAGAAAGUUUACUGUGUAUGUAUGUAAUGUAAAAUCAUUUUCCUGCAGGGAUUACACAAUGAACUGUGUACGUAUUAUUAACAGUGCUGGGCAACGAUUAAAAUUUUUGAUUGCGA